AUGUCUGGAAUCGAAAUAGCAUCACUAAUGUUUAGCGAACCCACUGCUCGGUAUAAUACUCUUCGCCAAAACUACACCAUAGAUCGUAGCCAGGUUCUCUGCCUAGUAGCAAUCCUCUCCGUAGAGGCUCAAAAGAGGGAAAAGGUUGAACUAGUACCCCUCUCAACCCGAGGAGACGUUUGUGACAAGGUUUGCAAUAAACGGGACGGAUGGGAACGUUGUGAGAAGGUGCAAAAGCGAGGCCAAUACGAGGUGACCUGCACCGACCUUCGCGGUGGAAAGGGUGGACCUGGUGGACCAAAAGGACCUUUCGGAGGAAGAGGCCGUAGAUAA